AGCUAAUGUGAAUUCCGGAUCUUUUUAGUGAGUCAGAUCAUUUGACUCCGUUCUCAAACAAGACAACAUUUAAAAUGUAUUUAUUUUUUAAAACUAUGUAAACAGUAAUUACUUCAUUUUAACCGCGACUGAAAUCGAUUUAUUAAUAUACACCUUCUAAAUAACAAUAUACCAUAAUUUUCCAUGGUCGUUUUAGGAAAAAAAAAAAGCUGGUUACCAGAACCACAUAUGCGAGUCGGAUCCUGAGGUUCACUCAAAACGAUACACUGCGGUAGAAAAGCAAAGGCAAAGUUUCGUUUGGUUUUCUUAUUAUCUUUCAUUUUCUAUAUUUUCCGAUAAAGCAAUAACAACGAAACACAACACACUAUGUAAGCUCGUUUCAUAGCAUGUGUGUCCCAACUGCAGAUCUCCGUGUGCAGCGGGAUUUCUGCGGUUUUGUGGGGAUUCGGGCAAAGUCCAGUGUUCCGGUCUGUACUGCAGGAUCUCUGAACUGAUCUCUGUACUGAUCCUGCACUGCAUGGUCUCGUUUUCUUAGCGAUUUACACGUUAUAUUCAAGUACAUUUUUGUGUUACAGCCAGGUUUCUGAAACAUUAGAAGGCUAACAGAAUUGUUUUGUUGUCACUUUCCACCGAAACCGUGUGAAAAAGCCUACUGAGAGCACGACUGAGAACCGUGAAACUUUACAUGAUGGAUCCACCGCCAGCUGCAAAAGUGCAGAAAGUUUUAUAUGUUACAUACCUGAUUGCUGCUUUGGACGUAACGUGGCUUUUCCUCCAGUUCUCGAUAACACCGUAUUUGGCAAAAAAGCUGGGAUUUGACACACUCUGGUUUGGAUAUCUACAGACAAGUGUAGGUGUGAUGCAGCUCCUGGGGGGCCCUGUGUUUGGAAGAUUUGCAGAUAUUUUUGGAGCACGUGCUGCUCUUUCACUGUCCUGCUUAGCAUCAGUCAUUUAUUUUUUGCUGCUAGCAGCAGCAGAUAGUACUUUGUUACUUUUUCUGCACAAACUACCUGCUGUGUUCAUGCAUUCUAUGCCAGGAUCACAGAUGGUUAUCACAGACCUAUCAGAGAGCAACAAGCGAGCAGAUGCCCUGGCAAAGCUCGGUCUUUGUUUUGGUAUUGGCAUGAUCACGGGGUCAUCAUUAGGAGGCACUCUGAGCACACGCUUUGGGGAAAAGUUUGCAGCAUACGUUGCUUCUGUGGGAAGUGCUAUCAAUUUAUUGCUGGUGUUGAAAUUUAUUCCUAAGCACACAAAAAGGCAACACAAAAAGAUGAACAACAAUACAGCUGGCUCUGUGUUUAAUUUGGGGGAGAUUGCAAGACUGAUGAAGUUUCCAGGAGUUGCAAAGACGUUCACUGUGAAGAUAAUAUCAGGACUGCCAUCUGGUGUUUUUCAGGUCAUGUUCUCCAUCAUUGUUAUGAACUUUUUCCAGCUGCAGGCAGAGCAAAAUGGUUACCUCAUGGCAUACCUUGGUGUGGUGCAAAUGGUUAUUCAGGGUGCUGUUAUUGGUCGUCUCACCACAAGAUAUUCAGAGAAUUCAUUACUACUGUUUUCGAUAGGCCUGAACAGCUUGGUGGGGCUUGCACAGGCCCUUACCACUAACAUUGUACAGUUCUGCUGUGUUCUUAUUCCAAUGAUGCUGUCACUUAGCAUCUUCAAUGUCAUCACAGACAGCAUGCUAACAAAAAGUGUCCCAGCAUCUGACACAGGGACCAUGCUGGGUCUAUGUGCAUCAGUGCUGCCUCUGGUGCGAACAGUUGGACCAACUAUUGGAGGUUUUCUUUAUGAGACAUAUGGUGUGGCAUCAUUUGGAUACAUUCAGUUUAUUGUCAGUGCUGCUACUUUCAGUCUUAUGUUCAUGUCAAGCGCAAAGAAAAACACCACCUAAUACAAAUAAACCCUGUCUGUAUUAAA